CUCCCGUUAUCCAGUAUUCCUCUGGUCGGUGUUAAUGAAUUAUGCUUUUUACUCUUAUUCUUCUUGCUCUAGCUCUUACUUCCUCAGUCAAGACCAAUACAGACUGCAAAUGUUUCCCCGGCGACGAUUGCUGGCCGUCUCUGUCAGAAUGGUCCGCCUUAAACACAACAGUGGAUGGCCGUCUGAUAGCGACUGUUCCCAUUGGGACGCCGUGCCAUAGUCCCGACUACAAUGCGACCGAGUGUGCAUAUCUACGGUCAGAGUGGUUAUUACCUACUAUUCAUUACAAUUCCUCUUCUUCUGUCAUGGCCCCCCUCUUUGCCAAUGAUAGCUGUGACCCAUGGCAACCCAUCUCCCGACCGUGUCGACUAGGUAAUUAUGUCCAGUAUGCGGUGAAUGCUUCUGGUCCUGGCGAUGUGACUGCUGCCCUUCAGUUCGCCACGAAACACAAUAUCCGUUUUGUGAUUCGUAAUACAGGACACGAUUAUAACGGCCGGUCGACCGGUGCGGGAGCUCUCUCCGUCUGGACGCAUCAUUUAAAAGAGACCGAAGUUCUCUCCUGGUCUGAUGGGGGCUAUUACACCGGUCCGGCAAUGAAGUUCGGGGCCGGUGUACAGGGCUUUGAUGCACUCAAGGCAGCGUACGAUGCUGGCUUCUCCGUUCUGACGGGCGAGUGUCCCAGUGUGGGUAUUGUGGGUGGUUAUGUGCAGGGUGGAGGCCAUUCGGCUCUCAGUACAAUAUAUGGGCUGGCAGCGGAUAACACACUGUCAUUUGAGGUGGUACUCCCCAAUGGCACCCUUAUAACUGCGUCCCGUGAAAGGAAUGUCGAUCUCUUCUGGGCUUUGAGUGGUGGAGGGCCUGGCAACUACGGCGUGGUUCUCUCAAUGACAACCAAGGUAUUCCCCGAUGCGACUGUUAGUGGAGCCGAGUUCACCAUUACCGCUCCGAACAGUGAUACCGAUGCAAUGUAUGCCGUGGUGGAUGCGUUUCAUGACGCCCUCCCUGGAAUUGUUGACCAGGGGGUGAUGAUCAUCUAUUACUUUGGAGCCGGGUAUAUCAAAAGCCCUGCGAUUACGGUCUAUAAUAAGACUGCUGGCGAAGUGGCUGCUAUUUUACAGCCCUUUAUCGAUUCAGUGGCCUCACUAGGGAUUGAGGUGAAGCCCAACUAUACUCAAUUCUCCAGCUACUACGACCAUUACAAUCACUACUGGGGUCCGUUACCGGAGGGAAACAUUCAGGUCGGGGUUAGUCUCUUUGGCGGCCGGUUGAUCCCCCGAUCUGCGAUAGCUGGCUUCAGUAGCAUUUCUCGUGCGAUGAUUGAUCUCGGGGUCACAUUCAUUGGCGUUGGGCUUGACGUCUCCCGGUUCGGCGGCGAUAAUGCUGUCCUCCCCGCCUGGCGAGACGCAAUCGUCUCCGCCUCCCUAACAUAUGAUUACAGCUUCACUCUCCCUUUUGCAGAUAUGUGGGAGCGGCAGGAUAAUAUCACUCGCAUUGUACAGCCACUUAUUGAAGCCGCCACCCCAGGUUCGGGUGCGUAUAUGAAUGAGGCAGACUUUCAGCAGCCGGAUUUUCAGCAGGUAUUUUAUGGAGACAAUUAUCCGGACCUGCUGGCGAUUAAGAAGAAAUAUGACCCGCAGGGCCUACUUUAUGGCAUAACAGCAGUGGGAAGUGAAGAGUGGGUGGUCCAUCAGGAUGGACGGAUGUGUAGAUCAUAAGCUACAUAUAGAAGAUCAUCUGAACUGUAUUCUCUCCAUAAAACAGGCGAGCCUGAGAUGAAGGUAUUCGGUCAAAGGUUACAGGGGAUUGCAAGGAGAUCGCAAGUCGUUCAUUGCUAGCUAUUCCUAGCCAAACUUUCAAUCCGUUCAAUAACAAGACUUUCCGC